AUGAAAAACAGUUCCAAAGAAUACGAAAGUCUUUCAUUUAGGGAUACUGAUGCUCCGACCGAAAAAACGGAUGAAGAUAAUUCUCCCGAAGGUGCUAACGGCAUUCUGCCCGACAAAAGCGACGAUACAGACAACGAUUCUGAUUUUGAUGACGAAUCGUUCAGAGAAAUGAGUAAGAGUUGGGAAUUAGCCAAAGAACUAUUGAAUAUUCCGGUCGAAACGAGAACGCCAGACCGCCUGCCUCUUUCUCCCCAACUUGCUCCUAUAUCAAAUUUGGAAGCCGGACUUAAAGAAAUAAUUGACACCGCCGACAAGACCAUUGACGAUUUUAAAAAGGAGACGGAAGCCGAAGUUGAAAUGGCCCAAGAAGAAAAAUUAUUAGCCAAAAAAGCCGCCACCGAGACGAAAUUGACAAAUCUCCGAGAUAAACUUGACCAACUAGAAAAAAAAUUAGCAGAAGUAAUUAAUGGAACUGAUGACGGAACCAAAAAAAAGGAAGGACAAAUAGAAUGUGCCAACAAAGAGCAUAAGAAAGAUUUAUUAAAAAAAUUAAACGAAGCCGUUAAAGACAAAACAAGAUU